GUCGCAGAGGGAGCCGAGAACUUGAACCAGAUAUCAGCAGAGCUCAGGCUCCUAGGCCUAGCUGAACAAGCCCGUCUCUGUCGCCUUCUGGAUGAAGAUGAGCGACACAAUCCCCACUGCGGCUGACCAGCCAGAACCAUCCCCCAGAGACACAACUACGCAACCCGAAGGGCCUGCUGCCGGCGAUGCCCCACAGCGCGUCGUGGACAGCUCGAGGGUGCUCGAAGCCGCCAUGGACAACGUUCGUCGCUCGACUGCCUUGGCACGCGACUUCGCUCGAGUCUACAGGCACGAAGGGCUUGCCGCCGCCUCUGCGCCUCUGCGCGUCAUAGACGGCCCGUUGCUCGACGCAGUGGACAACGCUCGUCCCGAGGCUUCCUGGGGCGAUUGGUGCGAUCUGCGCACUUUCGCGAUCAUCAUCGCUGUGUACUGCAUGCCGGUCCUCUUUGCGAUCUGGUACAUGCCUGCUUGCUUCCGAAACGACCCGGCCGGCGGGUUGUCUGUCUCGGUCUAUUGUUGCGCGGAUGCUGCAGCUAUCUGCACGUUGCCCGGCAUGGGCAUCUUCUUUCAGCGCUGCCGUACUAGCUCACAGACCGACUUGCACUCCGCUGCUUGGGAAGACUACCUGGAGCUGCUGGGCCUCAGCAACGAUCUCGUCAGCAGACUCACAGACCAGUUGUGGGAUCAAUCUGCAUCCGCGAGUGCGAUGGCACGCUUUGCAGAGAAAGCUAUCCGCCAAUCCGACAACCUCGCUCACACCGACGCGGAGAGACAUCUUCGCGACGCUUCAGCUACGUUCGCGGCCAGUACAGCGAAUUUCACGCUUGAGGCCUUCGAGCUAUUGGACUCGGAAUGGGCAGUGGCGAAGAGCACCUCUGCCAUGCACUACCAGCUGCUCCAAGCACUUCAUCGCGUCCACCAUCCCCUGGUAGGCCAAAUCCCGUACCUCAUGCCCGAGCGGAGGCGAGUGGCAGCAUAUAUGUUCGAGGCAGCCCGUGAUGCGCUGCGCAUCAGCAUUCAACACCUCUCGCUCCGAUACAAGAACGUCCUUACCGCCCUGAAUACCGUUGCGAUCGAUCUCGGGAGGCUGCGAGACAAUGCCGCUGAGCGCUGCUCUCCGGUCUCCAGCACGGCGGCACUUCUCAUGCAACCUGUAGGAGAGCCCGCCGAGGACACGACUUCCUGCCGUUAUGUGCUGCGUGAGCUUGACUCCGCUCACUUCGCGAUUGCAACCUGCGCGGCUCCCUUGUUCGAAACGUGGUCGUCAUUAGCCGACCUGGACUCGCGCGUACAUCAAGCCGAUGACAGAGUGCGCCAGCGCGACCGCGACGUCGGACCUCUGGGAAAGGCGGACAUGGCGGCCAUUGAGAGAGCUGUAGCUGAGAUGGAGAUGGUGGUUGGGCAGAUGGAACGUAUUCUGACUUAUCAAGGCUUCAAAGGGUUCGCGAACCGCGUCGUCGGACACAUGUGAUGUCCAGACGGUCAGCGUGUUUCAGGCAGUACAAGUAGCUCGAUGGCCCAUAUUUAAAAAUUGGAGGAGCCUGCGGAGUCAGCCGGUUGGGGUUGACAGCCACAUAUCUUAUUCGUUCCCUCCCUAUGCUUACAGUGAGCUCACGAAAUAUAAACGCUGUCGAUGGAACAUCCGGAACUCCAAGGUGUAUACAUCAAAAAUUACGAACACUUGUUUCGUCUCCGUCU